GUUUGUAUAUUUCACAUGAAAAAUGAAUUAAAUGUCAAUUGGAAGAAAAAUGAAAUGUUUCUUUGCAUUAAAUUGGGAGGCUGCGCUCUACAAGCUCCGCUUUAAGCAGCAGACGCCUCCAUUCCCAACCUCUUUAUAAUGAUUUUAAUUAUAGUCAUUGUACAUAGAAAUUUGCUUUUGUGUUUUCUUGUUUUCUUGUUUUAAAUUGCAUAAUCAAAAUGUACAAAACAAAUGCUAAUGUUGGAUUGGAAAUAAACGAAAUGAAAUGAAAUAAAUUGAAUCCAAAUUGUUUGAAAAACGUGUUUUUCUAUAAAUUACAGAACUAUCAGAUAUUUACAAGUAAUAGUAUACUCCCUGGCGUUCAGUUUUGCUUUGGUAAAGAAUAUAUCAAGUUGCAUACCAUAUUGAUGUUUAUUCAUACAGUUUCACACAAAAAAACACCGACAAGUGCCCUGGUAACACAUUUUAACAGGGGGUGCUGGUUUGAAUUUGACAAGCAAAAAAGGGGCUCGAUAGAAAAUAAGGCUGAUUUUAUUUAAUUUCUGCUUAAAUUUUAGCAUAGGCCUACAUACCAGAUUUCCAGGGGUGCUGCCUAUAAAUGAAGCACCCCCAAGCUAAAUCUUGGGGUUGCUUCAGGACCCUCCUCACCUUGCUUCCCAUGCAGUGCCUGCCACUGACAUGAUAUGUAUUUUCUUAGUAUUUUCCAAGGCCUGAAUUCCACACAAAUAAAUCGUUAAAUACUUCCUUCUUUUCAGUAAAUACUGUUACUUUUCAAACAUUUUUUGUUUAUAUUUACUAAGAAUCAUUAUUUCACAUUCCUUUGCACUUUCUCUGGUUUCCGUUUACUCCCAAAUAUGUACUUGUUAUUCCAAUACAUAAUUUUAUGCUUGCCAAAGUAAUUCAAACUAAACGGAAUAGGCCUAUCCGGUAAGUAAGUAAAGUUUACUUGAGUUCGCCAGGAUGAAAAAGAAGUUCGUAUGGCAAAUUACAAACGGGGGACAAAUGCCCCUCUUCAUUUUUAGAAGAACUAAAACUCUAGAAACUAAAGUCGAAAAGAUAUUGAAAUAUUGUAUGAUUAAGACAAUGAAAUACAAAAUAAAAUGUGAGUGAGUGAUAUCACCAAAUCUCUCAUUUUUCAUGAGAAGAAAUUUUGUUGCUUAUAUAACUUUUUGUAUUUCAUAUUGUAUUAACUUUCGUAUUUUACAUCCAAAUUUGAUGAACUUUUCAGUAAAUGUGCUUGUUGGAUUCAUUUUCUUUUUUUAAAUCAACAUUUUGAUAUAGGGUGGGAUUGGCCUUUAAGAACUACCCCUCUAAAGCAACAACAACAGAUUUUAGAUCUUCGUGCAGCCCCGUCAAAUAGAGCAAUAUUUGUGUCAAUCGCCCCCCCCCCCCACCAUGAAUACCCAUCGACACCAAUUACCACCACCGAUUUUAACUCUACCAUUGAAUCGUAAUGUGCUUAACUGAAGCAUUUCGGAGGAAGAGAAGUCAAGAAUUGGAACACGUAUAUACGCAUAUCCGAUUUUAUUAAUAUUUGCUCCGAGAGGGCAGGUGUUUCAUUGAAAAUGACUUUCAAAUGUUCCAAGAAUGAUUUCUUGGAAUCAUGAGAGUAGUAACCAUCAAAAACCCCUGACAAUAAAGUCUAUGGGAGAGAGUUAUUAUAAAUUUAGCUAAAAAUUCGAUUCGAAUUCAGAAGCUGAUGGGUUUCGGCAAAACAUAAAUCGUUGUAAAGGAUUUGAUACCAGCGGAAAACUGUGAGUGUCACAUGCAUAUUUGAACAGUUUAUAUGUACGGUGAUUGUGUAAAGGGGUAUUCCGGGCUAAAAAAAUAAUUAUCUCAUUAAAUAGAGUAAAAGUUCUCAGAGGAAAAGUCCGAAAAUUUCAUCAUAAUCUGAUGAUAAACAACAAAGUUAUUAAAUUCUAAAAUUAAGUAAUACUUGGUGAAAACAUAUGCACUCCGUUAUGAAUAUUUAUUAGGUGGGCUGAUGAUGUCAUUUCCCCACUUUCCUUUUUCUUUAUGUUAUUACAUGAAAUCGUUUUUUUUUUUCAUGCAUGUUUGUAUGGUAUGCCUCACUUUUUAUGCAUCAAAUCAGUUGUCAGCCUAUUUUUUUUUCAUUCUCGGUUGGCAAAAGUUGAAAAAAAUUUAUCAUUUCAUAUGAUAGAAUCAAAAGAGUAAGCGGAGACAUGACAUCAUCAGCUUGCUUAGUGAAUAUUCGUGAAUACAUGCAUAGAACUGCAUGUUUCACCGAAAUAAUGCAAAGAUUUAAAAUGUUAUAACUUUGCUAUUCUUUGUCCGAUUUUGAUGAAAUUUUCAGUAUUUUGUUUUGCUUGAUUUUUCUUUAUCUGCUCAUUCCAUUCUCUUAUCAGCCAGCAGUGUACCCCUUUAAUGUUUGGGAUAUAAUUGUAACGUAUACCGAAUCGGUAGGAUUUUAUUGUAUAAAACAAUAGAAUAUUCAACAUUAUUCUGACUUCAUUAUAUAAGAAAGCAUCUUCGCUGUGUGAUUUUUCCCUUUUUAAUCAAAUAUACUUUGAGAGCUUGUAACAAUUGCAAUUCCAUAUGUUCAUGAGGGAAUUAAACCCUGUUUCACAUUGUAAAGCGGAAAGAUAAGAAAUCUCGUAUUAAAUGUAAUAAACUACAAACUAAAUAGUGAGUGUAUGGAGCCAUCAGUUUCUUCGUUUGAAUACAGACUAGUGUGUGCUGAUAAAUGUUUUGUGAAAAUAAGCAAAACGUAAAAUAUCACUUCUUUUUCCACAAUCCUAUUUUCCUGAAAUUUUUCAUCUUUAUCAUUAUUUGAUUUUUCAGUCUUUACCCAAAUUUCUUUUUUUUUGGGGGGGGGGCUGGGGUAGACUUUCUUUUAAUGAAGGUUUUCUGACUUUUGUUCUUUCUUUGGAACCAGACACAGUGCAUCGUCUGUUGGUUAUAAUGGCGCUUCGCAGUAGGACCCUUGUGUUCCUAGCAGCAUCGGCUAUCACCCUCCUUGCCUGUCCCACCGGGGCGCUGGCCGGAUGCUGUUGCCCUACAUUUUGGACUGCCUUCGAUCAUCAUUGUUACAGGUUGUUUAGCCAGAAUUUGACUUGGAACGAAGCUGAGCGGUUUUGCCAGUCUUACACCGUACCUUCUCUCAGUGGCGAGGCAACAAGUCCGGACACAAUGGCUCACUUAGUGUCGAUACAUUCACAGGCAGAACAAAACUUCAUCAAUAUUCUCUACGAAUCCUCGCGACGGAAAUCGAGUGACACUAUUGAUAUACGAGGUGGACUUUGGUUUGGACUGCACGAUCAGUUCAUGGAAGGUGAUUUUAAGUGGUCAGAUGGAUCGCCUUUCGAUUACAAUGCCUGGGCACCAGGACAACCCGACUUCCACACAAGGGAUGAAAACUGCGGUGUCAUCCGAUCUGACUUCAACUCCGGGCUAUGGCGAGAUGGGCCGUGUGUCCAGUCACCGUCGAUGACGAUUCAUUACUUCAUAUGUAAACUACCGAUGUGGUAGAAUAAUGAGGAUGAUAAUAAUAAUAACAAUAAUGAUAAUA